AUGGCCUAUUCAACUAUACUUCACUUUGUUCCAGUCAUAUCGACUACUUCUUCUCUUUGGUUUGCAUGGGAUCAAUAUGAAUUCCUGACGCUGUUCCGCAAGCCCGACUUGCGAGGUCUCAGCAACGAGCUCCUACCAUCGUAUUUUACGUCGUUUUUCAAUCGUGGUGCACCUCGUGUCCUCGCAUUGCUGACCACCACUGUCAUUUCGUGUGGUAGUAUUCUACGGUACUCUCCCAGCACUAUCCUCCGCGAUAGCGCACCAUGGUAUAUUGCAGGUCUCUCGUUCGCUCUAGGACAUCAGGUGUUUGUACCUUUCAUACUCCCUAGUAUCCAAGCUAUCAAGAACGACGGCAAGGAGAAAAAUGUCGCCGAACUCGAGAGUUGGCUUCGUGUUCACACAUGGCGAAGCCUUACAGUCGACCUAGCAGCUUGGGUCUGCUGCAUUGUUGCUGCUUCAAAGAGCCUCGCUCAUGAUUAG